CUCGCGACUCGCGACUCGCGACUCGCGACUCUUGACUCCACCUUCACAGCCACGAGGACGACGACGAGGACAACAACAACGAGAACGAGGAGCAGUCAGCGUACAUUCGUGAUUUCACGAUCAGCCCCAUCAUUCCACAUCCGCUUUCCCCCACAUCGCAUACAAUCAUGAAAGCCGCUUCCCUGGUGCCGCGCAUGAUGCUGAGCGCACCGAGCGCCCUGCUGAUCCUGCUGAUGGUGAUCAGCACAGCAUCAGCCAACUUCAUCGACACUUCUCCCAUGCUGCUCUUCUCCUCUCGUCACGCCACACUGCUCGACCCGCAGCUGCACUCUGCUUCUCGCGCUGGACCAGCUGCUGAUCCGCGCGAGAUCGCUAGGGCGCUCACUAGCGACAAGGCAGCUCUUUGUGGGACUGCUGAGCAGGGACAGAAGAAGGUGGAGAACGUGGUGCUGAUCGAAAUCGAGGAUUUCACGCACUCUACGCUCUCCAGCCUCUCUUCCUCCCACGUGCUCAGACGACGAGCUCUAUCCGCGCCUUUUCAACUGACGUUCCAGCACGUCUCUGCAUCUCCGGGCAACGCAGCGCGAGAGUUGGCAAGGCAGAUCAACAAGGCUUGUUCUUCCCAGACGCUGCUGCAAAAAUUGACAGGAGGCAACAAAGCUCCGAGUCGAGUGUUGCGCGUCGUGCUGCCUCAGCGCCUUCUCGAGCAAGAAGACUUGCUCGCUCAGCACCUCGAGCAGUACUCGGACGAUCUGAUCAUCAUCACCUCUGCACCUUCUCUUCCUCGCGUAUCAAAGCGCGCCUUGAAGGGCGACGACGAUGAGGAUGGAUCGAGCGACCUCGACCGCGGUAUAUUCCACAAGUACCAAUUCUUUUCCAGUGGACUGCUGUUGGCGCUCCUGAUCACCUUUAUCAUCCUCAUCCCCAUCGCCUACUUUACAAUCAACCUGCUGGCGAGCAUCGAAUCGCCAGAACCUCGACCUGCCAAGGACUCCGCCAGCAGCAAAAAGAACAAUUGAGUAGGGGGGGGGCAAGCGGGCGGCGAAGAGGAGGGUCCAAGGGGGCGUUGCAUCCGGGCGUUGCAUCUCGUGCGGUGCGCUUUAGCAGCUGGCAUGUAUCGCACACACGCAUUGCACACACGCAUCGCACACACGCAUCGCACACACGCUUUUCGGCAAUGCGCAUCGUUCAAAAGCGGGCGUACGCGACGCGACGACGACGACGACGAUGUUGCUGCAAGGGGGGGUGCAGUCACUCUUUAGUAUAUCUCGGCCAUCAUGAGCGCCGCCAGGCUCGUCCAGCCAGUGAACGGUUUGUUCUUUCGGCCUUGUCCUUCGCUCUCUGGAUGCGUAGAGUACUGUUCCCACGCGAAACCGGUGCGCUUGUACU